UUAAUAAUCAAAACUUUUACCAAUUCAUGAAAUAGUGCUGCGCAAAUUCUUUUGGAACAAACGUGGGCUCAACUACUUAAGGCACGCACUUAGCUAAGGACGGCAAUACCAUUUCAAAGUGAUGAAAAUUUUGAAAGCAUGAAGAACGUACUAUAAAUACUAAAGACGCAUAUAAGAAAGAGUAAUAGUUUGUGUGAUUACACGGUUUUUUAAAUCAUCAGUAAUAGUUAGUGUGAUUUCGUAACAAUGGCCUUUUCCCAUUUUUUCUUAGCCAUCAUUGUUGUUCUUACAUUUGUGGGAAUUGCUUCAGCAGAUUACAGAGCAGGCCGCAGUCUGAAGCCAUACAAACCCAACGAGGAAAGGUAUGGUCGUAGCACAGAGGAAUACUAUCCCGAAGAAAAGGGUCCGAAUUAUAAGGAUGGUCAUAGCCUAGAGCGCUAUGAUCAAGAGAUUCAAGACCAAGAAAAACCUGCCAAUUACAAGGAUGGUCAUAGCCUAGAGCGAUACGAUCAGGCCCAAGAAAAACCUGCUGCUACCAAGGUUCAAGGCCUUAUCUAUUGCCGAAGGAACAACAAAUUGAUUCCAAUGCAAGGAGCAACAGCAAGAGUGAAAUGCAUGGUUAAGAAAGAGAAUGGGUAUGAAGCAGCUCCUUUAUCAGUGCAGACACCAGUAACAGAUAAAAAGGGGUACUUCCUCGUGAACUUGAGUAAGUACAUAAACCCACGUUACAGUCUCAGCAACUGCAGGGUGUUCCUUGAUGAGCCUGCUCAUGGUGACUGCAACGUUGAAACUAACACCAACAACGGCAUUGGCGGUGCCCCUCUUACCAAAUCCAAAUCCAGGCGACUUCCUAACAGCAACUCUAUCCUCUACUCUGUCGGACCUUUUGUGUUUGCACCUUCCUCGUACUAAUUCCAAAAACCAAUUCUUGGAUAACGGAGUUGAGUGGAAGGACUUUUCUCUUUGGUGAUCUUUAACUUCCUUUGUUUAUUUUCUUCAACUUUAUUGUUGCAUUGGGUUAUCAUUUUGGCUACGUUUGUUAUGAUUCUUUGUUCAUCGAAUUGUCAUUUGAAUGUCGACACUUGAGAGUAAAGAGAGAGUAAUCUGUCUUUUGUACCCUAUAAUUGUCAAUGAAUGAAAGUUAUAUUUUAUA